UCCGCCCGGGCCCCGCUCCUCGGCGCGCGUCUCUGGCCUUCUCCGUGACGCAAUUCUGGCGCGCCUACUCGGUUUCGCUGGUCGCGUGGCAGUGACGCAACAGCGGCGGGAGCCCUGUUUUGGGGGCAGGCUGGUGGGUGGGGGCGGGCUGAGCUUACGGACCCUGUCUGGCCGCCGGCCUGCACCCCGUCCUCGGACAGCGCCCUUCCCCGCCCGGACGGCCGUCCUCUGGGGCCCCGAGAGAGCGGGCAAAGCCAGGCGCGCACGUCGUUUCGCGGGCCGGGCUCUGAGCCCUGAGGGAGGGCUACGGCGUCGGAGAAGCGCAGGCGGCUGCGCCCGCGGGCCGGGGGCCGCAGCCUCAAGACUGAAAGCCGGGGGCUGAGCCGCCCGGAGGCCCGCGCGCAGCCCGGCGGCUGCUGAGAAGGGCUGGGCAUGGCCAGCAUCACCCAGCUGUUCGGUGACCUGUGCGAGGCUCUCCUGCCCGCUGCGAAGCCUCGCUUGGGCCAGCGCGGCGUGAGCCGGAGGAGGGCCAAGCAGAGCCUCAAAAGGGUGGCCUACAAUGCUCUUUUCACAAAUCUUUUCCAAGAUGAGACUCAUAAGCAGCAGCCAGAUCUCUCAAAACUCCCGGUGAAAAACAAGAUCCUCAUGCUGUCCUUCGACCUGAGAGUGGGUGGCCUUGGCCCCGAGGCUGACCGUUUGGAGGAGCUUGUGGAGGAGCUCGAAGCAGCCCCUCGCUGUCCCCUUGCGGAGGUGGAGUCUGUUUUGGACCUCCUGGUUCAGCUGGCAGGGAGUGGCCCCCCUCGAGUACUGCCGCGAAAGCGGGACUACUUCUUCAACAACAAGCAUGUUGGAAGAAACGUCCCUUACAGCGGCUACGACUGCUAUGACCUGAGUGUAUUUGAGAUGGAUGUUCAAUCUCUGAUCUCCAGAGAGGAGUAUUUAUGUCAGGACAUGAUCCAGAAAGCGCUUCAAGUGAUGGAGUCGGCGCCAGGCACCAGCUUGCCCACUAUUGGGCUCUUCUCAUAUGGUGACCCUUGUGGUGACAGGUUUGAGAGAGACACCCGGGUCUCGCUCUUCGGUGCCCUUGUGCACAGCCGCACGUACGACAUGGAUGUCCGACUGGACCUGCCCCCGGUGCCGGACAGUGCAGACCUCUCUGGACUGGCUAUUAAGGUUCCUCAGAGUGUGGAUCAGUCGGAAGAUGAAGGGUUCCAGUCAGCAUCCAAUUUGACACCUGAUUCCCAGUCUGAAGCAGGCAUGACUCCGGAUGUCGACCCAUGGGAUGCUGUGCUUACCUAUGAGGCCAGCAAGAAGAGGUGCUGGGAACAGGUUGGACGCCCCCCUGGCCACAGAGAUGAGCCCUACCUCACCGAGGCAGGAAGGGACGCCUUCGACAAAUUCUGGAGGCUCCGCCAAGGGGAGCUGCAGGUGCUGGGCGGGGAACUCCUGCAGGCCCCACAGCCUGUCCUGGUGAAGGAGCACGAGCUGGUGAAGGACGCUCUCAAUGUCCUGAUUGGUGUCGUGUCUGCCACGUUUUCCCUCUGCCAGCCAGCUCAGGCCUUUGUGGUGAAGCAGGGUGUCCAUGUAUCAGGAGCGUCCCCCGAGAGCAUCAGCAGCCUCCUCUCAGAGGUGGCCGAGUGUGGGACCCACUAUGCACGCCUGAGCCACUUCUCUCUGCAGCCUGUGCUGGACUCCUCGUGCAGCAAGGGACUCGUGUUCCAGCCCCCUCGCCUGCAGGCCUUCACCAGCGGCCUCAGGAGGUACCUACAGUACUACAGGGCUUGCGUCCUCUCCACUGCGCCCACGCUGAGCCUCCUCACCAUUGGCUUUCUCUUCAAGAAACUGGGCCGCCAGCUCAGGUACCUGGCUGAGCUCUGUGGUGUCGGCACUGCCCUCCCGGGCUCUGGCGGGGAGCCCAGGCCUGCGUUCCCCACUGGGGUGAAGCUGCUCUCCUACCUCUACCAGGAGGCCCUGGAUAACUGCAGCAACGAGCAUUACCCGGUGCUGCUGGCCCUGCUGAAGACCAGCUGCGAGCCCUACACACGGUUCAUCCAUGACUGGGUGUACAGCGGAGUCUUCAGAGACGUUUAUGGCGAGUUCAUGAUCCAGGUGAACCAUGAGUACCUGGGCUGCAGAGAUAAGUUGUACUGGACCCACGGCUAUGUGCUCAUUUCCAAAGAGGUGGAAGACUGUGUCCCUGUGUUUCUGAAGCACAUUGCCCACGACGUGUAUGUCUGCGGGAAAACCAUCAACUUGCUGAAGCUCUGCUGCCCCCGGCAUUACCUCUGCUGGUCUGACGUCCCCGUGCCUCGGAUCUCGGUCAUUUUUUCCCUUGAGGAGUUGAAGGGGAUCGAGAAGGACUGUGCCAUCUACGUGGGGCGGAUGGAGCGGGUGGCACGCCACAGCUGUAUCAGCAAAGAGGAGAAGGAAUUACAAAUGGAAAUUGCAAAACAAGAAUUAUUCGUCCAUGCCCGGGAGGCGGCAUCCAGGGUCCUGGGAGCGCUGAGCGAUCGGCAGAUGUCGGAACGGAUGGCUGUGGACGCCCAGAAGCGAGAGCAGUUUCAGAGGCUGAAAGAGCAGUCUGUGAAGGACCAGGAGCAGCGCCAGGCAGCCAGGCAGGAGCUGGAGGACGACUUCAGCUACGCCCGCGAGCUCCGGGACCGCGAGAAGAGGCUGCAGGCCCUGCAGGAGCAGCUGGAGAGGAAAGCCAGGCAAGCACUGGUUGACCAUUACAGCAAGUUGUCUGCAGAAGCCGCUCGUCGAGAGCAAAAGGCAUCAUGGAAGAUCCAGAGGCACAGACUGUCAAGUGCACGGCUUCGUUUUCUCUUAGAUGAUCAGAAACACACACAGGGCCUGCUGAAGGACGUGCCCGAUGGGGAGUCCCCAGAGCCGUUAGCCAAUGCCUCGGGUGCAGGCUCCCAGGCCUUGUUUCCAGGCGCUGAACACCCAGAAGGCAGCAGCUGUGACUUGGGGCAUGCAGAGCAGCUCCCGGCUGCCCAGGGUAGCCUGCGCAUGCCUACGUCACAGCCCCUUGGGUCUCCAGCCCCAGGUGCCUGCGGCGUGGGUCCAGGGCAGGCGGAGGGGCCUGGGCCGUUCUCUGCAGGCCUCCGCAUCCAGGAUUUCCUGCCCACAGACAAGUGGGCUGAGCACUCUUCACACGCCAGCAGGGCCCCUGUCCUGGAGGAGGCGCUUUGGACCAUCGGCUCAGACCUGCCACCCUUGGCUGUGCCUGCAGCAGCAGGCACAGGGCCAUCUGGGCCACAAGAGUAUGAUUUCAGAACCAUUCUGAGGCCGGUUGUAGCUGCCUUGGCUUCCCCAGGGUCCCUCCAGAUUGUAGGAGGUGAUUUGGGCAGCGAGGAGCAGCAGCUGUGGAGGGACACUCAUAUGCAGCUGGACACACGUGUCUCAGACAGGCAGGUGACUCUGCCCUCCCCGCAGUACCCCCAAGACAACUCCCCCCAGCAGUGGAGCAGCCAGGCCAUGGGGCAGCUCCCUGGGCACGUGUCAGAGGGUGAUGUUCCCACAGGGGGUUAUGCUUCCAGAAUAGCCCCCUGUCAGCCACAGGGGAAUGUCCACAGACAUGUGUCUGAUGCCAGCAUCAGGGUUGGGGAGAACGUGUGGGAUGUGCCCCCCUCCCGGCCACGGUGGAAUGUCCACGGACACGUGUCUGAUGCCAGCAUCAGGGUUGGGGAGAACGUGUGGGAUGUGGCCCCCUCCCGGCCACGGUGGAAUGUCCACGGACAUGUAUCUCAGUCCCACGUGACGCUGGGGGCACCCCCAGGGGAAGUGCUACCUGACGCGCCCAGGCCCCAGCAGAGUCCCGCUGACCGUGCAUCCCAGUCAGGCCUCAGCCUGGGAGCCCAGAGCCCUGGCCAGGAUCAGGAGCCGCGGCCACCUCAGGAGGCCACUUCAGGCAGCUGCCUGCCUCAGGAGGCCAGCUCCAGCCGUGGGGAGGGUGACCUCCAGGCCUGCCUGUCUGCUGUGGCUGCACUGGGGUCUCUGGCAGAUGGCACACCAGAGGAGCCAGGGAGGAGUGGGGACACUGAGGACCUCUCUCCAAGCCACCCUCCAAGCCCGCAGGAAGGUGUGGCGAGCAGCCCCGGCCUUGGGGAGGCGGCAGUGGCGGCCCAGCGCUGCGACCGGGAGCAGGCCUACCUGGCAGGUCUGGCGGGGCAGUACCGCUUGGAGCCAUACCCGGACAGCUACGAGGCUAUGUCGGAGCCUCCCAUUGCCCACCUUCUGCACCACGGGCUUCCCCGAGCCUUCCCGCUGCCUGAGGAUCCCCGGGUUCAGUCGGAUGCAGACGAGACCGCGGUGCAGCUGAGCGAGCUGCUGCCCCUGGCUGUGCUCAUGAAGCACUCGGUCACCGCCCCGCUGGCCGCCCACGUCUCCUUGGUGAACAAGGCUGCCGUGGACUACUUCUUCGUGGAGCUGCACCUGGACGCGCACUUCGAGGCGCUGCGGCACUUCCUGCUGAUGGAGGACGGGGAGUUCGCCCAGUCCCUCAGCGACCUGCUGUUCGAGAAGCUGGGGGCGGGGCAGACGCCCGGGGAGCUCCUCACCCCGCUGGUGCUCAACUCCGUGCUGAGCAAGGCCCUGCAGCACAGCCUGCACGGCGACAGCCCGCACGCCGCCAACCUCUCCUUCGCCCUCAAGUUCCUGCCAGAGGCCUUCGCCCCCAACGCCCCCGAUGUACUGAGCUGCCUGGAGCUCAGGUACAAGGUGGACUGGCCCCUCAACGUCGUGGUCACCGACAGCAGCCUGAGCAGGUACAGCGGCAUCUUCUCCUUCCUGCUGCAGCUGAAGCUCAUGAUGUGGACGCUCAAGGAUGUCUGCUUCCACCUCAAGCGCACAGCACUGUUGAGCCACGCGGACGGCUCCGUGCAGUUCCGCCAGCUGCAGCUGUUCAAGCACGAGAUGCAGCACUUCGUGAAGGUCAUCCAGGGCUACAUUGCCAACCAGAUACUGCAUGUCACCUGGUGUGAGUUCCGGGCCAGGCUGGCCGUGGUGGGCGACCUUGAGGAGGUGCGGCGUGCCCAUGCCGAGUAUCUGCACAAGGCUGUCUUCAGGGGCCUGCUGACGGAGCGGGCGGCACCCGUCAUGAACGUCAUCCGCAGCCUCUUCAGUCUGGUCCUCAAGUUCCGCAGCCAGCUCAUUUCCCGGCCCUGGGGCCCACUUGGCCCCCGGGGCACUGAGCACCCCAACUUUGCCCUCAUGCAGCAGUCGUACAGCACCUUCAAGUACUACUCCCACUUCCUCUUCAAAGUGGUGACCAAGCUGGUGAACAGGGGCUACCAGCCCCACCUGGAGGACUUCCUGCUGCGCAUCAACUUCAACAACUACUACCAGGAUGCCUGAGGGGCCGCGUGCAGCCGGGCUCUGCAAUCACACCCAAGCCCCACCCCUCCGGCAUCUGUGCAGCCACCUCGUUGGGAGACUGUGGUGCAGGCAGUCGGCUGACCCCAGCUGUGGCUGGCCUCACCUGUACUCCUGGAGCCAGUGGGCCCAGUGGGCCCUGUUACUGCUCAGCAGCGCAUCUGGACUCAGCUGCUCCAGUCGCGACUGCUGCUCCACACGCUCCAGCUCCUUGGUAAGGUUGGCCCGGGUGCCAAUGAGUGCCAGGAGCCGCGGGUUCGACUGUGCCAGCAUCAGCAUCAUUGAGAGCUGCCUGUGCCGAGGGACCAUAGGAGGUGUGUCCAUGAGGCCACGACGUCCCCACGGCCGGCAGCGGGCAGCGUUCUGGGAAGGACCACCAGGCGUCUGGAAUGACACCCAUCUCAGCCUGGAGCUGGAGGCAAUGUCCUUGGUGGCUCUACAGCCCCACCAGGGGGCGGGCCCAGAACCAGCAGAUGACAUGGGCGUGGACACCUCACCACCCUUGUUCUGUGGCAGCCCAUCCACACGACAGGGCAGACGCCACAAGCUGACAGGCAGGCAGUCCUGUUGAGCGGGUAGGGACCUCCCCAGAAGGGCACUAUCAGUUCCUCCCAUGUGACGUAGGCCUGGGUUCUUCCCCACUUCCAGAUGGGCCCGGGGACCUGAACAGCCCCCAGCACCCCUUCCCCAAUGACACUGGCUCUGCGUCCAGCUGGUCUUUCCAUCUCCUGGGGGCCAUCAGCCCAUCCCUUGUACGUCACAUUAAGUUCCUACCUGACCAAGA